AUUCAGUGCGUACAGAUGCGUUGACAAAAUGUGUAAUAUAGUGAAAUUCCUUUACCUCUUAUGUAAGACUGUAGGUGUUGCUCCAAUUUCAUUGGAUUGCAGUAAGGGAAAAUUAGUGAUUUCCUUUGUAGGGAGACUGUAUAGUGCUGUCGUGGCCUUGCUGUUAUUGGGUGUCAUUUACACAAUACCAAGUUCAGCAUCAGAUACCAGUGAUGUUAAAGACCAUAUUGCAAGGUAUUCUUAUACUUGGUGCUCUGUUCUUUCUUUACUUGCUGGUAUUGCCCCAUUAAUUCGCAGUUGUACAAUGAAGCAGCACCAUGUCGAUUCAGUGUUUGCAAAAGUACUGGCAGUAGAUGCCUUACUAUACAAAGUGCGUCUGACGCGAUAUAUACAGUCUCCUUCACUUCUCUGGGUCAGCCUUACUGGAACAUUUAUUUUAAUAUGUUUAUCUUACGUCCAUGCUUCAAUGAUUUCUCCAGAUGUCAUAAAUAUUCGUGUGUUGAUGCCAUCGUUCAUCCUAGACAUUAUUAGGACCUGCAAUAUUCAACAGUUUUUCACACUGAACCUUAUGCUGCGAGAGAGAUUUAAGAAACUUAACGACAAGCUGUUACAAAUAUUCGGCAUAUUUACAGAAACAGAACUAGACAUAGUGGUUGCAGCAUCACUUCGUAAUUUUCCUGAUUCCUUUACUCCAUCAAGAAUCAGAAAAUCUGUUACAGGAGAGAACUUUCUACACGGAAAGGCAAGCAUUUUUUCACCUAUUACAUCUACAAGUAAAUUUAGUCAUAACAGCUUCAUCCAUCAUGCACCAGUGACAACAAUGAAGAGUCGUAAUCGUCUAACACAAUUACAGGGCGCCCAUUUACUUCUCUGUGAAGUUAGCCGAACUAUCAACAUCGUACACAGCGUACAAAAUCUCUUUCAGAUCGUUUCCUCAUUCUUCUGUAGCGUAGUGUUUGGGUACUCACUUGUGAUGAACGUUUUAGACUUGAAGUUGUUAAUCUCUGUGGAAGCUAAAGUCAGCGUUAUCGUCACUUCCCUUCUGUCGGUUAGUGCUAGUGUCUGGUGGCUCGGGAACCUGAUAUGUAGCAGUGAAAUGGUCAAACGUGAAUCUAGCUGUACGGCACGGCUGGUGAAGAAACUGCUUCUGGUACCACCACCAACCGACGGCAGCUGCAGAGAGGAACUUCAGCUGUUCGCGCAACAGUUGGCUGGUGGGCCAGUGGACUACUCUGCGGCUGGACUGUUCUCGCUGGACCUGUCGAUGGUCAAGACAGCAGCGGCAGCCAUCGCCACCUACCUCGUCAUACUCGUCCAGUUUGGCCUCUCAGAUAAAAGCAAUCAACUGAAUAGUGUGGAUGUUAAAGGUACUACUUAAAAAGGUAGACAGGACAGAAGAAGUAAUAAACGUAUCGUCGGUGAAUUUUACGCAUUUAUAGCUUUUAUUUCACAAUUAAGUUAUAAACUUCUAUAGCCAUGUAGUGUUUGCACAGUUUGUUUCAUAAUAUUUCUUCAUACUUAGUGAAAUAUUUCCUGACCAAAUUUAAAAUUCUGUAAAGUAACAGAAAUUCUGAAAUGUGCUUUUCUUUGUGCUCCUAUGUGAACUGAUGAUGCUGAGUGUUAAUAUGUGUUCACAAUUCUGACAAACUGUUAGGUAGUUUAAGGUCUGAUUUCUCCUAUAGCGGUACAUUUAACUUUUUUAUUUAUGUGAAAUUUUUGUGUAAAAUUGUUAACAAACAUAACUAAGGAAUGAUGUAUCUCGAGAUCAGGACACGGCUUUCAUUAAUAAAAGCUAG